AUGACUACUUUUUCAGAAUAUCCAUUCCUUGCUGAGCUUGGUCUCAAAGAAGAAAAUGCUGGUGUUUUCAAUGGUAAAUGGGGCGGUAAAGGUGAUCUCAUUAAAUGCCACAACCCAACCACUGGUAAAGUUAUUGCCACUGUCAGAGGUGCCACUCCAGAAGAAUAUGAAGAAUGUGUCCAAGCUAUGUUAGCUGCCAAAGACAAAUGGGCUUUAACCCCAGCUCCAAGAAGAGGUGAAAUUGUUAGAUUAAUUGGUAACGCCAUCAGAGAUAAAUUAGUUCCAUUAUCCAAAUUAAUUUCAUUAGAAAUGGGUAAAAUUUUUAUUGAAGCCAAAGGUGAAGUUCAAGAAUUUAUUGAUGUCUGCGAUUAUGCCACCGGUUUAUCAAGAACCAUCAACGGUCAAGUUAUCCCAUCAGAACGUCCAGGUCACGUUUUAUUAGAAUGUUGGAAUCCAUUAGGUUUAGUCGGUAUCAUCACUGCCUUCAAUUUCCCAUGUGCCGUCCUUGGUUGGAAUGCUGCCAUUUCAAUGAUCUGUGGUAAUGUUCAAUUAUGGAAAGGUGCUUCAACUACCUCACUUAUCACCCUUGCAAUCACCAAAAUUAUUGCUGAUGUUUUAACUGCUAACGAUGUUGAUCCAGCUAUUUGCAGCACCAUCAUUGGUCCAGGUCGUACUGUUGGUGAACAAAUGAUCCAAGAUAAACGUUUCGGUUUAAUUUCAUUCACUGGUUCAACUGAAGUCGGUCGUCGUAUCUCAUCAGUUGUCCAUGGUUACUUUGGUAGAACCAUCCUCGAAUUAGGUGGUAACAAUGCCGUUAUCGUUGCUGAAGAUGCCAACAUUGAUCUUGCUGUUCGUGCCGUUCUCUUUGCCUCAGUUGGUACCUGUGGUCAACGUUGUACUACCUGUCGUCGUUUAUUCAUCCACGAAAAACACUAUGAUGCCGUUGUCGAUCGUUUAAAGAAAGCCUACCAAUCAGUUAAAAUUGGUAACCCAUUAGAAGAAGGUGUUUUAGUUGGUCCACUCCACACCCAAGGUGCCGUCAAGGAAUACCUCGAAGGUCUUGAAGAAAUCAAGAAACAAGGUGGUAAAAUCAUCCAAGGUGGUAACAAAAUCAAUGUCAUCGAAGGUGGUAACUUUGUUGAACCAACCAUCGUUGAAAUCAACCACGAUGCUCCAAUCGUUAAAACCGAAUUAUUCGUUCCAAUUCUCUAUGUUAUGAAAUUCAAAAACAUUGAUGAUGCCAUGGCUUGGAACAACGAAGUCCCACAAGGUCUUUCAUCCUCAAUUUUCACCAACACCCAUAACAACGUCUUCAAAUGGUUAGGCCCAACUGGUUCAGAUUGUGGUAUUGUCAACGUUAAUGUUGGUACCUCAGGUGCUGAAAUUGGUGGUGCUUUCGGUGGUGAAAAAGAAACCGGUGGUGGUCGUGAAUCAGGUUCAGAUUCAUGGAAACAAUACAUGAGAAGAAGUACCUGUACUAUUAACUAUUCAGAUUCACUCCCAUUAGCCCAAGGUAUCAACUUUGGUUAA